AUGGCGGCAACAUUGGUGUUACUCGUGCUCUUGUGCCUCAGCACUGCCCUAACCUGCAGUGGCGGCGGUGGCGGCACCGGCGCCACAGGGAUCCACAUGAAGCUCACCCAUGUCGACGCCAAGGGGAACUACACCGCACCGGAGCGCGUGCGCCGUGCCAUCGCCCUCAGCCGCCAGAUUAACCUGGCCUCCAUGCGUGCCGGCGCCGCAGGCGGAGGCGGCGUGAGUGCGCCAGUGCACUGGGCGACUCGCCAGUACAUCGCGGAGUACCAGGUCGGCGACCCGCCGCAGCGCGCGGAGGCCCUCAUCGACACCGGCAGCAACCUCAUCUGGACGCAGUGCGCGACGUGCCUCCGGAAGGUGUGCGAGCGGCAGGACCUGCCCUACUUCAACGCGUCGGCCUCCAGCAGCUUCGCGCCCGUGCCGUGCCGGGACAGGGCGUGCGUGGCCAACGACGUGCACCUCUGCGCGCUAGACGGCAGCUGCACGUUCCUGGCCAGCUACGGCGCCGGCCGCAUCAUUGGCUCCCUCGGCACCGACGUCUUCACGUUCCAGUCCGGCGGGGCCACGCUCGCCUUCGGGUGCGUGAGCUUCACGGAGGUCAGGCCGGGGUCGCUCCAAGGCGCGUCGGGCCUCAUCGGGCUCGGCCGCGGCCGCCUGUCGCUGGCCUCCCAGACGGGCGCCAAGAGGUUCUCCUACUGCCUCACGCCCUACUUCCACAACAACGGCGCGUCCAGCCACCUGUUCGUCGGCGCCGCGGCGAGCCUGAGCGGCGGCGGUCCCGUGAUGUCCAUGCCGUUCGUGGAGAGCCCCAAGGACUACCCCUACAGCACGUUCUACUACCUCCCGCUGGUGGGGAUCACCGUGGGCGAGACCAAGCUGCCCAUCCCGAGCUCGGCGUUCGAUCUCCAGGAAGUCGAGGAGGGGUUCUGGGAGGGCGGCGUCAUCAUCGACUCCGGCAGCCCCUUCACGUCGCUCGUGGAAGACGCGUACAAGCCGCUGGUGGACGAGCUUGCCCGGCAGCUGAACGGGAGCCUCGUGCCGCCGCCGGGGGAGGACGACGGUGGCAUGGCGCUGUGCGUGGCACGCGGCGACCUGGACAGGGUGGUGCCGACGCUGGUGCUCCACUUCAGCGGCGGCGCGGACAUGGCCCUGCCUCCGGAGAACUACUGGGCCCCGCUGGAGAAGUCGACGGCAUGCAUGGCGAUCGUCAGAGGGUACCAGCAAAGCAUCAUCGGCAACUUCCAGCAGCAGAACAUGCACAUCCUCUUUGACGUCGGCGGGGGGCGGCUCUCCUUCCAGAACGCCGAUUGCAGCACUAUCUGA